AUGGCUGUCAACAUAUCAGAUAGCAUAGCAUCACCAUCUGGGUCAUCAACGAUGCUCGGUACAUCAGACAUUUACUUGGCGUUUGACAUCGCGCUGAAUUGCUUUGGCAACAUUUUGGUGUCUAUUCUUGGGAUAUUGGGAAACACAUUAAACAUACUCGUCUUGCGGAAAUACGGUCUCCGGGAUAGCACGACCAUUUUACUUUUCUCCCUGUCCGUGUGUGACCUACUUUACGUACUCAGCACCCCAGUUCUGAGGAUCAGCUGUCUCGUCUCGUUCUUCGACUCUCUCUUGGCUGUAUCAAUCGAAUCGUUAGCGUUUGCCUACGUGGGCAUGUUCAACCGACUAACAAACCUUCUGUCUGUAUCACAUAUCGGAAUCAUCUCUGUGGAACGAUUCACUGCAGUAUACUUCCCCUUCUCGGUUUCUCGGAUAUUUACAGUAACUCGCACGAAACAACUUUUGGUACUGCUGUAUCUCGCCCAGACUCUGUCUGUAUCGCCUCUGUUCGCCAUUUUCACUUACCAAUGGGUCUACAUCCCGGAGUACAACCACACACUAGCCCUUGUGGAGUCAAGCAUGUUCUAUACAGAAAACUAUCAACAGAUCAACAGUUACAGCUUUAUAUUUCUGAAUGUAUGUGGUACCGUACUCACUCUAGUCAUCGUACUCUUCACCGGAGCAGCCAUAUCUGCCAAGCUUCUCUUGACGUCAGCACAACGUAAAACAAUGACGUCAUCCACUGCCGCGAGAAACAGCAAAAGCAGCAGAGAAGGGGCAGAUGCAAAAGCUCUCAAGAUGAUUGGCGUGAUUUGCGCCAUUUUUGUGCUCAUCUUUGGCCCGGCGUCCGGGUGGGAUUUGUACGGCUAUGCACUUCUCGGAGGAGAGUUUUACACCAACAGUCUGUACGUGGCUGUGCAAAGGUUUUUCGACUUUCUGUACACUGUCAACGCGAGUGUCAACUUCCUUAUCUACGUCAGCAUGUCGGGGAAAUUCAGAGCCACCUACAAGAAACUUUUCCUCCACAGUCACAAUACAGUUACACGGACUUCAGAGUCUAAAACAGGACCAAAGACUUCAAUGAGCUAA